AUGCAGACAUUCAACCCAGCAACCCGAUCGCUCUGCCAGGGUUCCCUUGCGGAGGAAAAGAGACCAACCGUAACCACGGAGGAAGCAGACCCCGAGGGACCUGGAAACCCAGUCAUGUCCACUGCAGAGGAAACAUUCCCUCCGCGACUGGAAUGGAUCACACCAAUGAACCAAAGUGGGAGCAACAGUGUCAGCAACACUCGCCCCGCGUCGAGAAAUGUUGGCACAGAUCAAGAUCCUCUGCGACCGCUAUCCGAUCCUUUGAUUGCCAUAAUCUCUGGGAUGGACACAGCCACAUCCACGCCGAACAAAGCCCCUCCUUUGUACUUCUGCGAGCCACCUGCUAUUAUGAGUUUUCCGUUUGACACACCAAUGCGUCAACCUUCAGAAACCAGAGAUCACUUCACUACAGACCAAUCAUCUGAGAUACACACAACUGCUGUACCAGCCUUUUUCCCCGCCCGCAGUGUUUCGAGCCCAGAAAUAUCCACCCCAGCAUCAUCCAAUGAGUGGCUGCAUUUGCACGAGGCCAUUACAAGCCAAGUUCACUUCAUCACUGCACAGGUCAAAUCCAUGGACUUUGAACAUUUCCACCAAGCGUGGCCCUUCUUACAUCUUCCCACUUUGGCCCCUGAAAAGCAGACUGGUCUGAUGACAAGUGCGCUGGCCAACUUAUCGAUGUGGAUGCAAAAUGCCAACCGUCAUCAUCUGGUUCCGUACGCAAUCAAUCAGGAGCUGCAACGGGCACUAAUGCCGAGGAUAACGGAAGAGGCCCUGACGGAAAGACCAGCGGUUGAUAUACCACUGCCAACUGUACAGGCACUGGUCAUCACGUUAAUCUAUGCAAUCCUCGGAGAUGCACCAGCGUCCAUUUUGAAUUGGGCAGCCCAGUGGACCGACAUCGCAAUCUCCUCUUUGCGACGACUCGGCGUUUUGGAUGAUAGGUGGGCCCCGGAAGAACAACUGCAAUCCGCUGAUGAUCGAUGGGUCCAAACCGAGGAGAUGAAAAGACUAGUAUACACAGUCCUUCGCAUCGAUACCUAUUUGUGCAUUAUUCUCGAUCGCCCCCCUACCAUGCGUUACCAGGAGUUCAGACUACCACUACCCGUUUCAGAGGCUCUAUGGCGAGCAGAGACAAGGGCAGACAGAACUAACUUCCAAUGGUAUGAACCUGCGGGCCGAACCAAAAGUGCCUUUUCAACAAUGGUCCGCGACGGGCUGGAGUCGCAGGGUUUCAUGACUGGCUAUCUUCGAAUGCCCCACCUGUCCCUUGAGGACAAUCACUUCAGUCUCUGUGCUUUCUUGUCCGAGCUAUGGGGUAUUUCAAAAGAGGCCCAUGAGGAGCACCAUAGAGACUACCGUUCACCUGAAUUAAACCGCACGGCAGACCGAGUGAAGCUCUGGAAAGACUAUAUCCAUGACUGGCGAGUCCACAUCGAAAAGACUGACAAGCUGGAAGAAACAUUCUUUGGGGAAUGCUUAGGCGAUUCUAACCAUUUCCUCGGUCUCAAUCUCACCCUGUACCACCUUCUCUGCCUCAAGCUCUAUGCCAAUAUGCGGUUACUGGAGCACAACAAAUGCUGCUCAGUUUGCCAGGAAGCCAACAUCGAAGAUGUCAUUAAGAUCUGGGCCCGAUCUCCUGACGGUCGCCGGGCAGUCUACCACGCCGCUCAGUUGAAGCGUAUCUAUGAGCGGGAGAGCAAUCUCUAUAAAAUCAACGACCAACGUCUCUGCAACGUGCUAGGACCAGCAGGCUUGUUGGCCAGCGCUAUUAUUCUUUGCACCUACAGUGCUAAGGUAUUGGAGGCCAACACGCCCAAGGGCGGCACCAUUUUAACAGCACCGACCGAGGCAAUUGAGUUAGGCCAGUCAGAUUUGGUGGGCACGCCAGGGUUCGAGAAUUGGAUCUCCCAGGGUGGCCCCGCAACUGUUGACGGAACUCUCCUGUAUGCAUUCUCUGUUCCCCACUUCUCAUCCUGGCAUCGUGAUCGGUUAACAACCUGCCCUGUCUAUUCCUCGCGAUUGGUCACCUUCCUCCUCACAUUAAAAUUUUGA